UACUGUUUGAACCCGGAAGAAUACAUGGUUUUUUUUUUUUUCCCUCGUUUCUAUUCCUUUCUUUCCGGUCAUUGGCAUCUAACAAUGCUGAUCGCUGUAGCGGGAACAUUUAUAAAGAGGAGACACCGAAAGGAUCAGCUACCACCCAAUUUCUUUAUUAUCAUUUAAUUUAAUUAUGCACCAAACUUCUUCCGUUGUGUUUCGAUUCUCCUAGGAAUUUUCUGGUUAGGGUUUUCCUUCGCUACCUUUCUUCUCUGAUCAGCAUCAGCUGUAAGUCGUUUCAUUUUGAAUCUCGUUUGAUUUCUCUGCCAUCGGUUCUUCCUCUGAUUUAUUUGAAUGAACAAUGCGGUUUUUGACCUUUGUUGUCUGUUGCAAAUAUUGGUGUUGUGUUCCAUAGAGUUGAAUAAGCCAAAUUAUUGUUUGUGAAAAAAAAAAUGCCACUCGUGUACUUUUCAAGAUUGGGCACUGCAAUUCAAGGUUCAAAUGUAGGAAUAGGUGGUGGAACCAUAAGUUCUGUUGUUUUCGGUGUUCUGAUUGCACAAGGGAAGUUGUUGUUUAGUACUACCAAGUUUUGUCACCCUGUAAACUUCGAAGCUUGUACCUAUUUAGUUAGACAGAGAAGAACAUUGUCUGUAAUUGCCACACCAUGUCCCACAGUGUCUACUGAUUCUGCUCUCACUUCUCGCUUAUCUGCAGCUGCAAUCAGUGAAUGCUCUGAUAAUAAGUUAACUUUGAGGUAUCGUCGCCAUUCACUGUCAAGAAAGGUUGUGAGUAAUCUGUGUUUGAGGACAGGUUUGGAGAAUGGUAGAAAAGUGGGCAUGAAAAGCUCUUGGCAACCCGAAAAUCGUACAAUUUAUAGCUAUCUUAUUGCUGCAAGGACCUUGCACACUUCUUACCUCUGCACAGAGUUGCCAUCUAGAGAUUUGCAUGGAUCAUCAUCAUGCGCUAUUUCAGGGCCUGCUCAUGGUGUACGUCGUGACACUUGUGCUUGUAAAGAGAACUCAACAAAUUCUUCUAAUUCAUCUAAACCGAAAGCUCCUUUAGGUAAAACCCUUAAAUUAGCAUCUGGAUCAUGCUACUUACCCCAUCCUGAUAAGGAAAAAACCGGGGGAGAAGAUGCUCAUUUUAUAUGCUCUGAGGCACAAGCUAUAGGACUGGCAGAUGGUGUUGGCGGCUGGGCCGAUCAUGGUGUUGAUGCUGGACAGUAUUCUCGUGAGCUCAUGUCCAAUUCAGUGGCUGCUAUUUCGGGGGAGUCCAAAGGUUCAAUUGACCCAGCAAGGGUGUUGGAAAAAGCAUACUUAAGUACAAAAGCUAAGGGUUCCUCCACAGCAUGCAUUAUCACACUUACUGAUCAGUGGCUUCAUGCUAUUAACUUGGGAGACAGUGGUUUUAUGGUGAUCCGUGAUGGGUGCACUGUAUUUCGGUCCCCGGUGCAGCAACAUAAUUUUAAUUUCACUUAUCAGCUGGAAAGUGGAAAUAAUGGCGAUUUACCUAGUUCUGGUCAGGUUUUCACGAUUCGUGUUGCUCUUGGUGAUGUCAUAGUCGCUGGUACGGAUGGGUUGUUUGACAACUUGUACAAUAAUGAUAUCACGGCAGUGGUGGUUCAUGCCAAAAGAGCUGGCUUAAGCCCUCAGGCAACAGCUCAGAAAAUAGCUGCCCUGGCACGCCAACGGGCACAGGACAAAGACCGGCAGACGCCUUUUUCAACUGCUGCUCAAGAUGCUGGGCUCCGUUACUAUGGUGGCAAGCUUGACGACACAACAGUUAUCGUUUCAUAUAUUACCGGCUCUGAAGAUGCCUAAAAUCCAAUCCAGUUCUCUUGUACAUACUCUUUUUGUCCUCAUGCGCACCAUGCAGCAUAUGUGAUUAUUAUAAAUAAAAGGUUUAACAUUGUUACCCUCCAGAAAAUGAUGUUAGUGACAACCAAUUCAGAAAUGUAGGUCCGAAUUUAAAGUUUUGACCGUCCAAAUUUUGUUUGUAAGCAACCAGCCUCUUAAGUUGGAUGUUGUUUUGCUUGGUUGUUGGUUUUGGCACUGAGCAGGAAAGUGUGACAACUGACAAGCAUUCAAAUUGAAAUAAUGUAAAUGAGAGUUCAGGUUCCUUGAGUAA